AUGGACGGCUUACUGAUAGAUUCUGAGACCAUUUAUACCACCAUCACUAACGAGAUCCUAGGACCAUUCAAUAAACAACUUACUUGGGAAAUCAAAGCUUCUUUAAUGGGUAGACCAGCAUUUGAAUCGGCUGCUUUACUUGUUAAAAAGACAGACAUACCGAUCUCAGGAGAAGAGUUUACAUCUAAAAUGAAAUCUCGUCAACUUGAAAUGUUUCCGAAUGUUAAACCGAUGCCAGGUGCUGAGCGACUUGUUGAAAAUCUUCACAAAAAUGGAAUACCCAUGGCGAUCGCCACUGGAUCAAUUCGUCAAAACUUUGAUCUCAAAACCUCUAAUCUAAAGAACUUAUUUGCCAAGUUUGGUCAAAACGUAAUAUGUGGAGACUCACCUGAGAUGAAACGAGGAAAACCAGAUCCAGAUCCAUUCCUUUUGGCUGCCAAGAAGUUCCUCGGCUUAGAAAUCUCACCAGACCAUCAAGGCAACUUUAAUCCUUUGAAUCAAACUCAACUUGAUCAAUUAAAAGGUUUACGUCCAGAUGAGAUCUUAGUCUUUGAAGAUGGUAUACCAGGAGUUCGAGCAGCUAAAGCAGCUGGUAUGCGAGUGAUUUGGGUACCUGAUCCAGAACUUAAGAAACUACAACUUUCUCAAGGUAUGGAAGUAGUUGAAGCUGAUGAAGUCCUUGACUCUCUUGAAGAGUGGGAUGGGGCAAAAUGGGGCUUACCACCUCUAUAG